AUGCUGUCAACACCUCCCUACGUGACAUUGGACGACGACUUUUGGCAGCCCUCCUCAAAGUCGCUUAAAUUGACUCGGUUACCUGUCUUGACCUCCACGUAUGCGAGAUCUCAUCCCCACGAGACCAUAAAGUCUCAUUAUGAACAGGUCAAAGCUCUUUGCCAGGCGCACGUUCUGGAAGUUGCAUGCCGAUCUGAUCAGCCCCCGGUUGUGCGCCGCCAUGAUCCUAAUUGGGUCACAGUAAAAUCUCGUCGUGGGCACCAUUGCGCCGUACACGAGAUUCAGCGUUUAAUGGACUUCGAUGUGUCUUUUUUGUGCAACCAUAGAGGAAUCUAUAUGCCUACAGAACUGGGUCACGGUCUGGAUGCGAGGAACCUACAGACAGUAGCUACAUUGCUUCCAGACGGAGGAUUCGAUUUACAUACACCUACUCCAGCGGCCGCGAAAUGCAUGCCUGUAGCAACACCAAUCAGUGGGCUGCAGAAAAUUGCAACUGUCUUUGCUCGACUGCAUGUUAAUGGCCAAGAUCAUUGCGCCCGCGGCUUUGUCGUGCAGUUGAAUGUUGGAUCACAGAUGGCGGAAGGCAUAACUGCCAAACUCCUUCCAAACCGAGCCGGGUCAACGUAUCUCGACCAUGCCAUCACAGUAUUCAACCAUGUUCGCCUGCCAAAGAACGCGCUGCUCGGUGAGAUCAGGAAGAUACCAGUUUCCGAACAAGACCAGUUUUCGUCUCUGAUCUGGCGUGUCCCAGUCGGGACUUUCUCGCUGGCCAUGGCCUCAGUCCCCACCCUCAAGAUCUGUUCCUCGAUCGCCGCGCGAUACGCAAUGAAACGGAGAGUAGGCCAUUCCGUAGCUGAGGAGGGAUUGCCAAUUACACACUUCCGGACCCAGCAGAUCCCAAUUUUCCACGCAAUAGCCCAAGCGUCUGUUCUCGCCGAAUAUGCCACUUGUGCGGUCCAGAAUUUCACAGAUCGUCGUUUGGACCCCCGAGUGCGACAUGCACAUGCAAUGUUCUUCAAGACGAUUGCCAUGGCCCAGACCCUCGAGUCUACACGAACCCUAAGCCUGGAAAUGGGAUGGAGAGGCUUUUCCGGGGACAACCAGAUUAUACGCGCCGAGUAUAGAGGCAAUAAGAUCGCGGAAGGGGACACGACGGUGCUAUGCAUCCGCCUGGCUUCGGACAUCCUCCUUGGAAAAGUGGCUAUCCAUCCCUUGUGUCCGUUGGCGAAACACGAAAGUGUGCUUCUCAAUGAAGCCCAGGUGCUUCUGAAAGAAUGUGGGGGCAACUUCCGAAGCCCUGCUUCGAAUCGCCAUCUAUUGCCUCGUUGCCAGGCGCUGGUUGAGGCAAUCGGGUUCCGGAUGGCUUAUGAGGCUGCUCGGGAUGCUCACAUCGACCCAGUCAUCCUCAAGCUAUAUGAAAUGGGUGCGACCAAGAGCGAUCUGGCAUGCUACGUGGAACACAAGCUCUUAACACGGCGGGAAGUCUUUGAUAUCGAGGAUAAGUGUAUCUCUGCACUUGUCCCGCGCAUUAAUGAGCUACUGGACAAGAUGGACAUGGAUGCGUACUGUGAUGCUCCUAUCAUCUCUGAUGAGAAAUGGGAUUCAUUCCUAAGCACUCUCGACACCUUCUCUGGUGGAUCUGUGUUAUGUUGA